CGUCCCAAACAAAGCACAACCUCCUUCAGUUUCCAGGAGAAAUGGCGAGGAGAAGUUCAUUUGGAGGCUACGAUGAGGAAAGAUUCGUAAAUAAAGUCGACGAUAGGUUACUUUGUCCGAUCUGCUUCAAGGUGGUCAAAGACCCAGUGCGAUGCCCGAACGAACACCAUUUUUGUCGCUCGUGUAUUCAAAAGUGUUUGAACGAAACCUCCGAAACCUGUCCAACAUGCCAACACCAUCUCACGGAAGAAACCUUGGCUAAACCAACGAGAUUUUUUAUGGAAACGUUGGAGCGUCUCAAGAUUCGUUGCGAUCACGCAAGCCGUGGUUGUCGAGAAUUGGUCGAGCUUGAAUUUCUCGAUCGGCAUGUCGAGAAAUGUGGCUAUUCACCAACACGUUGUACAAACACGGGCUGUUCUGAAGUCGUCAACCGAAACGAGCAAGAACAACAUGAGAACGAACUUUGUUGUUUUCGUAUCAUUGUCUGUUACGAGUGCGGAGAAAAUGUGAUUUGGAAAUCUAAACGUGUCCACCCUUGCUUUAUCAGAAAGGAAACGGACGAUUUGGUAAACAAUUUGAAAGAAUUUAGGCUGGCUCAAGACGAGUUUAAUUGCAAGUUGUUGGCCGAUGUUGCCCGUCAAAAUGUUGUCAUUGAUGAUCUACGCCGUAGAAACGAGGAAAUGAAAUCCAUCGCAAAGGAAGCGACCGACUGGUUCACUGGCAGACGAAAGAUUUACGUCUGCGGAGGGCGUCUUGAUAGGUGUAACCUCAGAUCCGUGGAGUCGUUCAGUUGGCCUGAGAACGCGUGGACAUUGGAACCAGCAAUGAACGUCCGACGAUCAGCUCCUGCAUCAUUUGUUUACCAGGGACAAAUCAAUGUAUCUGGCGGGUGUUUUGAAGGCGAUGAUACUGACGUCAUCGAAAGACUGGACGUCGGAAAAGACAAAAAAAAAUGGACCGAGUCUUUAGUCAAAAUGCCAAUUAAGUGCAGCGCGCACGGAAUGGUUUCCCACAAAAAUACAGCGAUUUUAACCGGUGGAUGUGUUGGGGAGAACAUUGUUUCUGAUGGGAUCUACGAAAUUGAACUAACUCCCCCAUACACAACGAAAUUAUUGACCCAGUUACCAGAGAGAAGAUGUUUACAUGGUUGUCAGAUUAUUGACAACGAGGUCGUGGUUGUUGGUGGACAGACGUCGACUUAUCACAAGGAUGCAACAGCCACUGUGUAUGCAUACGAUAUUAACAAUAAUGAAUGCAAAACCCUGCCGCCAUUGCCAUUUCCUAUCGCUGCUAUGGCUACUGUUAGUUAUGAAGGUAAUGUAGUUUUGAUCGGAGGUGCUAAUAAGCAUGUCGAUGCAUUAAACACAGUGUUCAUGUACGAAGUGAAAACUGGUAAAUGUAAGGAGUUACCUCGUCUUAAUCAGGAAAGAGCUGGAUGUACAGCAGUUAUUACUGGCAAUAUGAUCAUUGUUAUGGGCGGGUGUUGUGAAACUAAUAACUGUCUCAAUUCAGUCGAGUGCUUAGAUUUAAGUACCAAUGAAUGGAGAGAAUUGUCACCAAUGAAAAGGGGUCGAUGUUAUGCAGCAGCAUCUCUUCAUUCGUUGCACUAGAAUAUAUCUUGUAUUGAGCAAUAUAUAAGAACAAAAACUUAGUAAGAUUUCAUGAUUAUUAUUGUUACCUAACAAAUUAUGUAGCUAAGCUUUCAUGUAUUAAUUUGUUUGAUUCAUAUAUAGGAUAUAAUGUGCUGU